UACCAUAGUCUUUUUAUUACAGAAAUAAAUUGCACGUAGGUAAAAUAAGUACAGCUGUUGGCUACUGUUACUGUUAUAGGAACAAAGUUCGUCAAAAUGGUGUCCAGAUCAAUGAAAACAACUCCUGCAGUUACUUGCAUGAAAACGCUACUUGCAAUUUUUACAUUGAUAUUCCUGGUUAUUGGUAUAGCAUUGUUGGUGGCUGGAACAUACAGCAAGAUCAGCCUCACAAGUUAUAACUUGCUCUCGACAACUGAUUUUACCAGUGUUCCCUAUGUUAUGAUAGGUGUUGGCGCUUUCAUAGUAGUUGUUGGGUUGGCUGGAUGCUGUGCUACUAUGAAAGGAAACACUUGUUUACUGAGAACAUAUGCUGUAUGCCUCGGUGUAGUGUUCCUGGCCGAGGUUGUUGGAGCCCUUGCUGUAAUAAUUUCUCGAAACAAGAUCAACAACGGCUUUGAGGCAGGCAUGCAAAAUGCGAUGAAGAAGUACAAGACAGAUGGGGCAUAUAAAACUGCUGUGGAUAAUGCUCAAAAAACACUGCACUGCUGUGGUUCAAACAACUAUACUGACUACUAUACCCUGCCGGGUUGGAAUCCAAAUACUGUUCCAAUGAGUUGUUGCUCCAACCUAACCUACUGUAAGGAGCAUUUGGUGGAUAAUAAGGUUGAAAUUGUGGGACUUCCAACACAAGAUGCUUCAGAGUAUGUCUACAAUCAGGGAUGUCCUCAGUUAGUCUUUGGAGUUGUGAACAAAAACCUUGGAAUAGUCAUCGGCUCAAUGUUUGGUGUUGCUUUCUUUCAGCUGGUCGGCCUAAUUUUGUCCUGCUGUCUUGCAUCAAGCAUCAACGCAAAUAAAUACGAGUUAGUUUAGUUGGCAACCAUCACUCUUCAAUCGUCCGUCCCUGUUUGUUGCUUAGCAGCUGUAACAGUUGUACGUUCACUAGACGUAUACGGGCAUUCGUAAAUAUAACAACCUCCAUUAAUUAUAAAUUGGCAACUGACUAUAUUGCACUUUCUGUUCCUUUUUUUCUUGCCGCAAGUGUAAUUGCCUGAAAUUGUAAUAUGUUUCAAACCAUUAUUAGUACCUAUGUAUCGUAUAAUUUCACUCAGUGUUGUUAAUUCAUUUUACUGGCCCCUAUUGAACUGUUCUUUAUAGUGCAGUGUUGUUAGCGGAGUGUUUAUAUUAAUUACACAUUGCAUCACCGAUCUGUAAGAUUCGUCUUGCCAUCCUAAUUAAUCCAUCGUCAUUUGUAAAUAACCCAGUAACCACUUAUGUAACCUGUCGUGUGUUUAUAAUAUACAUUAUAAUAAACUGCAUGUCUGUGAAA